UGACACUAGCGAGAGAGAGAGUCAGAGAGUGAGACGACAACUGAGAUAGAGGGAGUAAAAGGCAGACAGUAAGAAAAAGGUGUGUAUAUGAAGAAUAGAGAUACUUGCUUUGUCUCGUGGCAAAGAGGAAGUUGAAGCUGCUACAGAAAGGAGAGAGAGGAAGAUUGAGAGAGGCAGAGGUUGUGAGUGGAGAAGAGAGUGCAAAGCAGAGGAAAGGAGGAGAGUGAGAGAGAGGGUAUAGGAAGCACAGAGCGUGGAGCAGGUUCUUUGCAGGCACAGCCUUUACUGUCAGCCCCAGCAGAAAUGCCCAACUUUGCCGGUACCUGGAAAAUGAAGAGCAGUGAGAAUUUUGACGAACUUCUCAAAGCCCUCGGCGUGAAUGCCAUGCUGAGGAAGGUGGCUGGGGCUGCUGCCUCCAAGCCUCACGUGGAGAUCCGUCAGGACGGGGAGCAGUUCUACAUCAAGACAUCCACCACCGUCCGCACCACCGAGAUCAACUUCCACAUCGGCCAGGAGUUCGACGAGGAGACGGUGGACGGCAGGAAAUGCAAGAGUCUUGCAAUCUGGGAGACGGAGAACAAGAUGGUGUGCAAGCAGACGCUGGUGGAUGGAGAUGGGCCCAAGACAUACUGGACAAGAGAACUGCGAGGAGACGAGCUGAUUCUGACGUUUGGGGCUGACGACGUGGUGUGCACACGGAUUUACUUACGAGAAUGAAGCUUCAACAAGGCCAACCUGGACAAGACAGAAAAUACAGAAAAUAAAACCAGUCAGAUAUGUUACAACACUCCUUAACCCCCCCCCCCCC